AUGGGUCAACAUUUGUCAAGUGUAAAUUCACAAAUUGUUGACUGGACUACGAAAGAUGGAGCAGUGCUCAGUCCGGAUUCGAUUGCAUCUGGUAAUGGUAAAGAAAAUAUUAAUUUAUUUUUAUCAAUGGAAACACUUGCUGAUACAACAAUAAGUAAAACUCAAUAUGAUAAUAAUAAUUCAAUUUUGAAUUCGGAAAAACUAUUAAUAAAACAAAUUCAAAAUUAUCUAUUAUUACUGACUAAGGCUAAUGAAGUGACAGAGAUCAAUACUAAAGUCAAUAAAACACUUAUGGAAAAUGGUUUUGUACCUGUUAUUGACCGUUAUCGAAAAACACUUAAAGAAAUGAAAGUCAUGUUUGAUCAGCAGCAGCAAUUACAAAAAUCUUUAAGGAAAAAAAUAGACGAUGAUAAUGAUAAUGAUCAAUCCAUUUUUGCAGAGCCCUUUAUCAAAUCUUCAGCCAACGACAAAAAUAUUCUGUCGGUUGCGACUACUACAUCCAUUCACGAUGCUCAGACGUCUACGGUGGCUCAACAAAGAAGAGAAAUUGAAAAUCAACAGUUUUCUUAUUUUGCUAUACAAUUGUUAACAUCAUUAUUGCUAGUUUCAAUCAAAGCUAAUGAAAGAGUCGAUUCAUCAAUAAAUUCGCAAGUAAUUACGUUAGCAAGUCAAUUGUGCGAACAAAUUCCUAUUAAAUAUUUAUCGUCUUUGGAAGUAUCGUUAAAUAGCAACAGCUUAAUGUUUAAAUCGUUGAAACCAUUGACAAAUUAUAUUAAUGAACUAUGUUUGUCACCAGAUCGCAUUUUAGCAACACAAGCUGUACAAAUUUUGUUAAAGUUUUCAAUCACACAAGCAUCAUUCAAAGAUCUUCUACCCAUAAUAAGUAAAUUAAUAUUCAAUAAAAUUGACAUUUACAAUGUACGGCAUUUAUUUCUACAACUGAACAAUUGUCUCACAGAAAUUAUUAAUCAAUUCGAACAAGAAAAACAACAGCUAGACAAUGGAUCACAGUAUGCUUCUCAUGACAGAGAAGACAAGACAAAUAGCACAAUAUCAAAGAAAACAACAGGUUAG